UGAGAGUUUACAGCUGAGCUACAGGACGGGUUGAAGACUGGCUGGCAUUAGUAACGUCCAGACAGCAUGAAAAUCUAUUGAAAUGAUGCUAAACACAUGACAAUAUGGUGAUGUGAUCAAACAUUAAUCAAGGAAUAUACACCAUAUAAGUCCAGAACUGAAAAAAAAUUCAACUUCAAGAAAAGGCCUCAAUAUCAGAGAAACAGGAAACACGACUGAAGACCCUUCACACCCUGAACACAACCUGUUUCAGCUUCUCCCCUCUGGUCGGGGUUUUAUUUUUGAAUUCUCUACCGGAAGUGGAAAUGUUCAUAUUUUCUUCAGCUUGAUGCCGGUUGUGAGAGUCACUCAGACAGAGUUUGAGGCAAUCAGGAACUGGUUUUAAGUGUCGGUCAUCUUCCUGUGCAGAGAGGCGUGCCACUGACAGCCACUGACUGCCACACGUACACCAGGGUGUCUGCUGCUGCUGCUGCUGGAUGACUUGGCUUUAUCCCUCUGCUUGUUCAUCAGACCCGGGUCUCUCUUCACAGCAGAGUUCAGAAUUGCACUACAAUGUCUGCGGUGGCCUCUCUGCUGUGAGCACACAAAGGUUAUGCUGCCCAAAAGCUGUCUGAGUCCCAGUGAGAAAGAGAAGGGCUAAAGCCGCACAGAUCCCAACCAGUUUUCCUGAGCCUCUCCAGCAGCGACUCCACGGAGGAGCCAUGAGCAACCCCAACGCUGCCAACCAGAUUAAAGAUGCCGUGGCAUCGGUUAUUCACAACCCAGAGGCUCCUGCUGCCUCAACACUACACGGGUCUCCGCGCCCUGAAGAGGAGGAUGAGGGGGACCUGAACAAAGCCUUGGGGGUCCAGCGCUUCCAGCAGAUCCUCAGCCCCGCUGCAGCCGUUCCUGAUGAACAGCACCACAACUACCAUGAGGAGGACAUUGAAUACCACCGUCACUCCUCUCACCACAUCCACCGACCUCUGUCCAAACUGCCCUCCGAGGGACGCAGGAAGAAGAGCAGCAAGAAAAGGAGAAAGGACAAAGAUCACAAAAGCAGCCAUGUUCCCAGCAGCGGGCCCAUAGAGGAGGGAGAGGAUGAAGAGGAAGAGGAGGAUGAGGGGAUGGAGACAACGUCUGCUCCGUCUGAGUCAGAGAGAGGGAAAGAUGUGGAGUUCUUUCUCUCUGAUGAAGACCAUGUGGCCAAACGUAGCAAAGAGAGCCCUCACUCGACCCGUGAACUUGACAUCGUGCCACAGUCUGCGGUGGGAGCAGAUACUGAAGAUGCAACUUCCUCAGAUAAGCCAACUUCAUCCGACACCGCCAGCCCCUCUCCCCCAUCAGGACCACCUGAACACAUACCUCUGGCCCGGGUUUCCUCCGCCAGCCGCGGCUACGACCUGCAAGAGCGCAGACGCACAGGCAACAUGACGGGUGCUGAGGAGGCCAAGUACCAACGCAUCCCCACUGACGAGAGCGAGGCUCAGACGCUGGCCUCCGCUGACCUGGACGGCAUCAAGAGUCAUCGUUUUGAAGAUGUUCCCGGCAUGCGCAGACACCUGGUCAGAAAGAGCACCAAGGGACAAGUGGUGCACACCGGCAAGGACCACAAGGAGUCGACCACCCGCAGCCGCAAGCAGGACCGAACACCACAUGAGGUGUUUGUGGAGCUGAAUGAGCUGACUAUGGACAAGAACCAGGAGAUGCAGUGGAAGGAGACUGCUCGAUGGAUCAAGUUUGAGGAGGACGUGGAGGAGGAGACCGACCGCUGGGGGAAACCCCACGUGGCCUCGCUGUCCUUCCGCAGUCUGUUGGAGCUCCGAAAGACCAUCUCACACGGUGCAGUGCUGCUGGACCUGGACCAGAAGACCCUGCCGGGCAUCGCCCACCAGGUGGUGGAGCAGAUGAUCAUAUCUGACCAGAUCAAAGCUGAGGACCGAGCCAACGUCCUGAGGGCCCUGCUGCUGAAACACAGUCACCCGAGCGAUGAGAAGGAGCACACUAGCCCUUUUCCCAGGAACAUCUCCGCGGCCAGCCUGGGCAGCCUGAUAACGCACCACAACAGUGCCAACCACACCCAUCAGACUGAACCGUCGGUGACCGACCCGCUCAUGGGCGGCGUCCACACCACGGGGGACACCGAGACACGCAUCGACAUGGAGAAGAACGAGACACAGCAGAAAGAGACGAUGUCGGUGUCCGGGAUGCAUCGGUCCAAAUCCAAACACGAGCUGAAGCUGCUGGAGAAGAUUCCUGAAAAUGCUGAGGCCACUGUCGUCCUUGUGGGCAGUGUGGACUUCCUGGAGCAGCCCACCAUGGCGUUUGUGCGACUUCAGGAGGCCGUGGAGCUGGAGUCCGUCCUUGAGGUUCCGGUACCCGUCAGGUUUCUCUUCGUUCUGCUGGGACCCGCCACCACCAGCAUGGACUAUCACCAGAUAGGACGCUCCAUCUCCACACUCAUGUCUGACAAGCAAUUCCACGAGGUAGCUUACCUGGCAGACGACAGGCAGGACCUGCUGAACGCCAUCAACAGCUUCCUGGACUGCAGCAUCGUGCUGCCUCCUUCAGAGAUGGGAGGAGACGAGCUGCUGCGCUCUGUCGCUCGCUUUCAGCGGGAGAUGCUGCGCAAGAGGGAGGAGCAGGGGGUCAAACAGGCCAAGGAGCCUAAAACCCCCGAAGAAAAAGAGGCCCUCCUCACACCCUUGAAAAAGUCAGACGACCCUUUAGAGCGCACCAGACGCCCCUUUGGCGGGCUUAUACGAGACGUGCGACGCCGCUACCCAAAGUACCUCAGUGACUUCAAGGAUGCUCUGAACAGUCAGUGCAUGGCCGCCGUCAUCUUCAUCUACUUCGCUGCCCUCUCUCCAGCCAUAACGUUCGGAGGCCUGCUGGGUGAGAAGACGGAGGGUCUGAUUGGUGUUUCUGAGCUGAUUGUGUCGACAGCAGUGCAGGGUGUGAUCUUCUGCUUGCUCGGAGCACAGCCGCUACUCAUUGUGGGCUUCUCUGGACCCCUGCUGGUCUUUGAAGAAGCCUUCUACAGUUUCUGCAAAGCAAACAGCAUGGAGUAUCUGACCGGCCGUGUCUGGAUCGGGUUUUGGCUCAUCGUCAUAGUGAUCGUCAUGGUGGCCUUUGAGGGAAGCUUCCUGGUCCGCUUCGUCUCCCGCUUCACCCAGGAGAUCUUCUCCUUCCUCAUCUCCCUCAUCUUCAUCUGCGAGACCUUCAUCAAGCUCGGCAGGAUUUUCAAGGAGCACCCGCUGAAAAGUUGCUCCCUCAACGGCACAGAAGUGGACGACGACUCGAUGGAAAAUAUCACCCUCAUGUUAAACAACAGCACCCUGCCGGUGACGGUCCGAGGACAGCCCAACACGGCGCUGCUCUCUCUGGUCCUCAUGGCCGGAACCUUUUUCAUUGCUUUCUACCUGCGCAAGUUCAAGAACAGUGCGUUCUUCCCUGGAAGGUUGCGCAGGGUUAUUGGAGAUUUUGGCGUACCGAUCGCCAUCCUCAUCAUGGUCCUGGUGGAUUACAGUAUGGACGACACUUACACACAGAAACUUAGCGUUCCUCACGGUUUUUCCGUGACGAGUCCUUCCAAACGCGGCUGGAUCAUCAGUCCUCUGGGCACCAACGGAGAAUUCCCCAUCUGGAUGAUGUUUGCCUGUUGUAUGCCCGCUCUGCUGGUCUUCAUCCUCAUCUUCAUGGAGACUCAGAUCACCACCCUGAUAGUGAGUAAGAAGGAGCGGAUGCUGGUGAAGGGCUCUGGUUUCCAUCUGGACCUGCUGCUGAUCGUGGUGCUGGGCGGCUGCUCGGCCCUGUUCGGCCUGCCGUGGAUGGCGGCCGCGACCGUCCGCUCGGUGACCCACGUCAACGCCCUCACUGUCAUGAGCAAGGCCGUCGCCCCCGGAGACAAGCCUCGCAUCCAGGAGGUGAAGGAGCAGAGGGUGACCGGGCUCCUGGUGGCCAUCAUGGUUGGUAUGUCCAUUGUGAUCGGUGACCUGCUACGUCAGAUCCCUCUGGCGGUGCUGUUUGGUAUCUUCCUCUACAUGGGUGUUAUGUCCCUGAACGGCAUCCAGCUAACGGAGCGGAUGAUGCUGCUGCUCAUGCCUCCAAAGUAUCACCCCGACCACACCUACGUACGCAAGGUCCGCACGCUGCGUAUGCAUCUGUUCACCUGCAUCCAGGUGGUGUGUUUGGCGGCUCUGUGGGCUGUGAUGUCGACUCAGGCCUCGCUGGCUUUCCCCUUCGUCCUCAUCCUCACCAUCCCUGUCAAGAUGUUCGUGCUGCGCCGCAUCUUCACCAGCAGAGAGAUUGCAUGUCUGGAUGCAGACGACGCAGAGCCGAAGUUUGACGAGCGCGAGUGUCACGAUGAGUACUCGGAGAUGCACAUGCCUGUGUAACACGCAACGACCCCUCGUAGCACCAACCAACUCCUCUAACUGAACACCAAAAAAAGUUCCUUCAAACUUGAAACACUCACAGUUUUGAUGCCACAUCACUGUGCACCCUCUUUGUUACCACUGAGACGUGAACAAUAUGACGGCAGUCUGGUUGGUUGUUACUUCGGUCCAACUAUUUAAGUAGCUUUUUAUCAUAUCAUUCGGGGCUUUUCUGCUGGUUAACAGCAUCCAAUGAAGGAGAUUAAAACAGUGAACCGCGUCUGUUCACUCAUGAUAUGCUUUUUAAAAAAUAUAUAUUUCAGGGGACAAGAGAUUCCAAAUCAAAUAAUGUGAUCUCGAUCUCAAAAUUAAAUGCGAUUACAGUAGAUAGAUUUGCAAGACUGAUUAAUUUUUAGCCCUGAAAGGUUGCUCUGAUUCACAUUGAAUAUGUGGAGGAAAUAUGGGAGAUAGUCUUUUAUAUUAACACACUUAUCUAUUUCAAGUUUGUUUGCUUUUGUUCAUGUGUUAAGCUCACCAAGCGCCUUAUGAAGGAAUGAAAAAGGUAUACUGAGGUGUUUAUUUUUUUCCUCAUUCUGUCUUAUUUUAGACAGCUGAUCACUUUACCCGCCUCCCUAAAGCUCGUGGCACUUUUUUUAAGACACCAAAUCUGAACAAUGACUGUAUUUUAUGUAAUAAUUUUAUCUUCUUCGCAUCCUCUUUAAUCCCGUAAAUAUCAAUGUUGCUAUAGUUUGUUUCUUUAACGACUAUCUGUGAUUGAUUUUUAGCCUGUCCUUCUUUAACAAUAUUGAUUUUUUUUAAUUUACUCAACUGUUGCAAUUUAGGGGACAGUUAGUAUUUUUUGGGAGGUCUAAUGAAGUGAAAACACAUAUUUCUGAUCAUAACAGGAGAUUAACACAGUGGCAUAAUUAAUUUACUCUAAAUGUCUUCACGCACAUGUUUAGGGCACUAAUGUAUUGAUGUAGAGUUUGUUUCACUUGGUGUGUUUUUGGGAAUCACUGUAAUUUAUUGGUUUCUUUGUCAAAGUGCCAAAUGUCUCGUGUAAAUAGUUUGGUGAUCAGAACAAUAAGCUGCAGUCCAGACAUCUCACAUCUCCUACUGUAAUAAUGUUUUCUUGAAGGAGCCUAAAUUAACAAAAAUUCUAAGUACAACAUUCCUUGUUUUAUCAUAACUUUGCUAUAUUUUUUUUUGGCAUCGACUAAUUUCAACAUUUCAUUCGCAUUGUGUAGACAAUCUCAAUAUUAAUGCAUCACUGAGAGGGAAGGCUUUUAAAAAUAUAUAUAUAUAUAUGUGUAUUUUUGUUUUGUUUUAUGUCAUGUUGUAUCAGUGUGACAUGGAUUGGUUAAAGCUUUGACUGUGUCAAAUAACUGAAGAUUUUCAGUCUUCUGUUACUCUCAAGUGUGUUUCACUACUUUCCCCUCUGAACUGUCCUCUGCCUGAUGCCGUUGUGAUCUUGUGCCUGUUUGGUGUUAGAAAGGCGCACGAAAAUCUCAAGUGCCUCUGGGACCAUGAAGUGAUCAGCUACAAGUGUUGUGUUUGUACGGACGACACACACGUGUUACAAUAGUUUGCUCUUUCGAAGACGCUCAAAAAUCAAAUAUCUCUCCAUUAUUUAUCUCUUGCAAUAUGAGGCAUUUUUGCUUUUAAUGUACACACACACAUUUGGCUGCAUCACUUGGUGAUGACAAGUUGGCAGUGUCAGUUUUAUGUUUGCUCAGUGUGCCUGUGGAUGAAGUGAAGUUGGUCUAUGAAUGCCAAAGUAUCUGUCAAAGUAGCAAAAUGCUGAUACGAUAUUUUGUUCCAUUUCAAAAAGCAAUAGACGGUCAGAGAGGCUAUUGCUGAUGUUCCCUUGUACAUUAAAGGUUGAAAUAUUGAUGACACAUAAAAGUUAUUUU